GUAAGUAAAAUAUUAGCAGUCUGAUUAUAAGCUAUUUCCAAAUAAGAGAUGUUUUCUUAACUUAAGAAAAGGAAGAUGUUGAGAAUGGUACCUAUUUGUACUGUCAUAUUUUUAUCUUGUUCAAAAUCUUGAAGACUGUGUAAAUGACACUCCAUUAGAAACGAUUAUGUAAGUAAGGAAUAGUUAAUUUCCUACUGCAAUCUUAAUGAAAACAAGACUAAUAUAAAACAUCAAAGUAUAACAGUCAAAAGUUUAACAAGGCAAUAUUUUCAACAAACAGAACUUUUAUAAAAUGAGUAACAACAGUGAAUUAUCAAUAAUAUCAGAGCAAGAUGCUAUUACCAUCUUUAAGAAAUGUAAAGAAGGUAAUGAAGAUGCUGUUUUCAAAAAUUAUAGCCUUCAUAGGGCUAGUGAGAAGAUGUUAGGAUUCCUGUCGGAUUAUUGGAAACUUGAAAUACAAUUUACUGGUAACAAACAAAUUCAGUCAAUCAGUUUUUUCAUAAAAUCAAUAUCUCAAUCCAAUGCAUCCAAAGCUAAAAUGGUAAAGGAGAUGAAACUCUUCGACAAAGAAUUAACAUUUUACGUCGACAUCAGAAACAAAAUUAAUUUAGCGGACUUAGCUCCGUGGAGUGCUAACCUUGUGAUGACUCUCAAUGAAGCAAUGGUUUUUGAGAACUUAAAUUUUCUUCAAUAUAGGAUUCGAAAUAAACACGAAACGUUUGACCACCAACAUACCUUGCUAGCUUUACAAGCAUUAGCUCGAUUUCAUGCUGGAUCAUUAAUUUAUGAAGAGAAGAAACGUAAACAGUUAAAAAAACACUUCAUUAUAAAUGACGAACAUAAAGAAGAUCUUAACCGAGGUGGUUACAUAAAAUCAGAUCCAUGGUUUAUACAAUGCAUGAAUGGUGCAUUAGAAGCUAUUAAAUCCUUCUCUAAAUACAAUAACAAUUUACAUAUUCUUAAAGAGAUAGAAAAUAGAUGGUCUGAGGUUUGGGACUUAGCACUCGACCUUAGCCAUUUCUCAUUUAAGUAUCGUAAUGUAAUUUGCCAUCGUGAUUUAUGGAAUAAUAAUAUUUUGUUUCGUUAUAAAGAAGAAAUACCUGAUAAUUGCGUGCUGGUCGAUUUCCAAGCUGUAACAUGUCAACCUCCUGCAGGUGAUGUCAUGUUACUUCUACACUGCAACUUAGAUCCUGUAUUCCGUGAAGAGAAUAUGACAACAUUUUUGGAGUACUAUUAUCGAGAAUUGCAAGAUAUACUGGGUUCUAACGACGUAACAAUCGAAGAUAUUCUGUCACUACAACAAUUUCAGAAUUCCUGUAAGAAGUAUAAAUUGUGGGGCCUAGUUGCAACUGCAUGCCUAGUACCACAGUUUUGGGUGGACGAUGAUCUUACACUAAAAUAUUUUAGCGAUACCGAUAGCUUUAGAGAAAUACUCACCAAAGACAAAGGAUCAUUUAUUAGGAAAAUGAUGGGAACUAAUGAUGAUUAUAAAAAUAAGGUUAUGCAGAAAUGUAAAGAAGUUAAUGAAGAUGCUGUUUUUAAAAAUUAUACCCUUCAUAAGGCUAGUGAGAAGAUGUUAGGAUUCCUGUCGGAUUAUUGGAAACUUGAAAUACAAUUUACUGCUAACAAACAAAUUCAGUCAAUCAGUUUUUUCAUAAAAUCGAUAUCUCAAUCCAAUGCAUCCAAAGCUAAAGCCGUGAAGGAGUUGAAACUCUUCGACAAAGAAUUAACAUUUUACGUUGACAUCAGAGACAAAAUUAACUUAACGGACUUAGCUCCGUGGAGUGCUAACUUUGUGAUGACUCUCAAUGAAGCAAUGGUUUUUGAGGACUUAAAUUUUCUUCAAUAUAGGAUUCGAAAUAAACACGAAACGUUUGACCACCAUCAUACCUUACUAGCUUUACAAGCAUUAGCUCGAUUUCAUGCUGGAUCAUUAAUUUAUGAAGAGAAGAAACGUAAACAGUUAAAAAAACACUUCAUUAUAAAUGACGAACAUAAAGACGAUCUUAACCGAGGUGCUUACAUAAAAUCAGAUCUAUGGUUUAUACAAUGCAUGAAUGGUGCAUUAGAAGCUAUUAAAUCCUUCUCUAAAUACAAUAACAAUUUACAUAUUCUUAAAGAGAUAGAAAAUAGAUGGACCGAGGUCUGGGACUCAGCACUCGACCUUAGUCAUUUCUCAUUUGAGUAUCGUAAUGUGAUUUGCCAUCGUGAUUUAUGGAAUAAUAAUAUUUUGUUUCGUUAUAAAGAAGAAAUACCUGAUAAUUGCGUGCUGGUCGAUUUCCAAGUUGUAACAUGUCAACCUCCUGCAGGUGAUGUCAUGUUCCUUCUACACUGCAACUUAGAUCCUGUAUUCCGUGAAGAGAAUAUGACAACAUUUUUGAAGUACUAUUAUCAAGAAUUGCAAGAUAUCCUGGGUUCUAACGACGUAACAAUCGAAGAUAUUCUGUCACUAGAACAAUUUCAGAAUUCCUGUAAGAAGUAUAAAUUGUGGGGUCUAGUUGCCGCUGCAUGUCUAGUACCAAUGUUCUGGGUAGACGAUGAUCUUACAAUUAAAUAUUUUAGCGACGCCGAUAGCUUUGGAGAAAUACUCGCCAAAGACAAAGGAUCAUUUAUUAGGAAAAUGAUGGGAACUAAUGAUGAUUAUAAAAAUAAGGUUAUGCAGGUAUUUGAAGAGAUUGUCGAUAUUUAUUGUCUUGAUAAAAAAUCACUGUAAAAAAUUCGCUUUUACUAUUUUUAUAAGCUGUUAAUUUUAGAGGAUAUUAAAAAAAAUCAAACU